AUGCGACAUACUUACCUGAGGUCCAUUAGGAAGUUUAGAGAGGAGGGUCGUCCUAUUGUGUAUUUGGAUGAGACUUGGUUGAACACCAAUCAUGUAGCGAGGGGAGAUUGGGUGGACUGUCCUAGGACAUCUACCUCUGCCUUUGAGUCGCAUCGUGGAGGUCAUGGGCGUUUUGUCCCAUCUGGGAAAGGCUCUCGUCUGAUAAUUGUGGAUGCAGGUUCUUCGGCUGUGGGUAUGAUCCCGGGAUCUGCUCUCAUUUUUGAGUCGAAAACAGGCAACCAGGAUUAUCAUGACGAGAUGAACUCAGAAAACUUUACGAAGUGGUUCACUGAGCAGUUGCUCCCUAACCUACCGACCAAUUCAGUCGUAGUGAUGGAUAAUGCUUCCUAUCACAGUCAUCUGGAUCCUGAGUCUAAGUGUCCGACUUCGUCGGCAUCGAAGGCCGAGAUCCAGUCUUGGCUUGAUAGAAAGGGUAUUCAUUACACUCCGGGAAUGAUCAAGGCUGAAUUGAUCACAUUGGUGAAGCAACAUAAACCUCGUCCUAAAUAUGUAAUAGACGAUUUGGCUUCGAAAGCAGGUCACACAGUUUUGCGUCUACCUCCCUAUCACUGUGAGCUUAAUCCUAUUGAGUUGGUCUGGGCUGAAUUAAAAAGUUUCGUCGCCAGGAGCAAUGUCACAUUCAAGAAAGAGAAAGUGAAGGAACUCUUUAAUCAGGCUAGAUCAACUUAUGGGGUUGAGAAGUGGCGUAAGGUGGAGAGUCACGUGAUAAGAGAGGUCGAAGAAAAACUGUGGAAACUCGACGGAGUCCAGGAUGAGGAGGUUGCUCCUGUGGUCAUAGACUUGACGGACUCGGAACACAGUGACAGUGACAUGGACACAGAUUCUGGUGAUGACGAAAAUGACUCUGACUCUGACGAAUCCAUGGGCUUCGUUGAGGAGUCUGACGAUGAAGUCACUUGUUGCAUAUGUGGUGAUUACAAUGCUCCUGGAAAGUCUCGAAAGAUUGUAUGGGUUGAGUGUGAAGUGUGUAAGAGGUGGAGUCACCGCAUAUGUACCAAGCCCUCUCUAAAGUCAGGUAAGUGUGUCCAAUGUUGGAACGCUUUGUAUGGUCUGAAUCCAGCUCCUUCAUGA